AUGAAAAAAUAUUAUCGUGUUGUUUUGAUUAUUUUAUUAUAUUAUAUUAAUAUUAAUUGUUGUAAUUAUAUAAAUGUUGAUAAUAAUUUUUGGCGUAAUGUUGAAAAUGUUAAAUUAAAUGAAAAAGAGUAUAAUAGAGUUUCAAGAGCACAUUUUUUUCAGUAUAAUAAUGCUAUUAGUAGUUUAUUAGGAGCAGUCGGAAAUGAAAUAUUUGAAAAUGUUAGUGAAAAGAAAAAAAUUAAAAUAAUCGAAUGCUUGAAACAAAUUGAAGAAUCAUAUAAUUUGAAAAAAAUAUCACAAUGUAUAAUUAAUGUAGAUUCAAGUAAAAAGAAAAAUUAUUCUAGAAAAUGGUUAUUAUUUAAAAAUAAAAAAAUAAAAACAAUAAAAUUUCAUGAAAAAUUUUAUUAUUCAAAAAGAUAUAAAAGAAAUAUUUCAAUUAUUUCAUUAAAAAAUAUGCCUGAUCUUAAAGAUUACCACCAAAAAUAUGAACAAAAUUCUUUUAAAGGAAUUCGUGAUUUUUUUGUAAAUAUUGCAAAUAUUGUUAAAAAUCGUAAAAGAAAAAUUCGUAAUUGGUCAUCACUAUAUAAAUCUCUUAAAAUGAUUCAUAAACAAUUUAAAGAAUUUAAAACAAAAAAUAAUUAUCGUGAUAAAGUUUUUAAUCUAAUUACUGGUAAAGAAAUUCGUCAUUCACCUCCAAAAAAGAUUAGUUCACAAUUAAAGGAACAAUUUGGGAUAUCAGAACCAUCUUUAUUGGUAGAAGCGCAUGCUCUAUUAGAUUCUAUACAACAUUAUAAUAAAGAAAAUUUUUAUAGAAUACUCUCUCCCACAUUUCUUCCUGUCUAUGAAAAAGAUAAUAAUGGUAAUACGAGAAAUAUACUAUCACCAAACUUGUUUCCAUUAUAUACACCUGAAGGCAAAGAUUCAGGUGAUUCAAAAUAUAAUAAUAUUCUACCAAUACCGUACAUUUUAAAAAAUUUAGGUAUUGAUAAAAAAAGUAAAGAUAAUAUUUUAGAAAUGAUAAUGGAAAUUAGUGGAGUUUCUCAGUCAAUUGAAGAAAUAUUUACAAAAUUAGAUAAUGAAUCUAAAGGUGAAAUGGUAAAUGAUAUUACAAAAAUAUCUCAAGUAAUAAAAGAUUCAUUUGACCAAUUAGAAAAAACUUUUACUAUUAGACAAAAAAGAGAAUUAAACAAAAGAAAAUAUACUUUUAUGACAAAAAAUCAAAUUGAACAUUUAUUUGGAAAAAAUGGUAUAUAUAAAACUGAUAAUUUUCCAUUUGAUAUUAAUAAAUAUGAAAGAUGGACAGAAGUUGAGAAAAGAGAAGCAUUAAUUAAUACAAUUUAUUAUAUAGCUGAUAUUCAAAGUAAAGAGAGAAAAAAACGUCAAAUACUUUUAAGUCCAUUUGCUUUUUCACCAACUAUUCUUCAUCAUACUAUUUUAGCUCCAGUUAUCUUAUCACCAUCAAUAUUUUCACCUGGUAUUUUUGCACCAUUAUUAUUAUCACCACCAAUCGCAUCACCACAAAUAGGAAAUCCAUUAAUAUUUUCUCCAUACGUUCUUGGACCAAAUAUAUUAUCAGCAGCUAUUUUUAAUGUGUAUGUAUUUAGUCCUUAUGUUUUGUCACCAAAUAUAAUAAAUCCCUAUGUAUUAUCUCCAUUAAUUUUAAGUCCACAUGUUCUUUGUCCAGAUAUAUUAUCACCAACAAUAUUAUCAGGUGCUAUACUAAAUCCUUUUGUAAUGUCACCAGCAAUUUUGACUGAAUCAGCACUAGCAGCUGAUAUAUUAUCACCUAGUAUUUUUUCAAGCGGUGGUUAA